UUGACAACAUGUCCAAUCGACAGGCAAAGUUACAAAGAAAAUGUUUUAUCUGACUUAAAAUAAAAUAGACAUUUUGAUUUUACUUGUACGAUGUUACGGCGUUUGCCCUGCUAUGUAGUGAUUGUCACAUUAAUUUGGGGUGUAACAGCGGAGAAUGAACAGCAAAUUCGAGAUUUGUUCAAGAGCAACUUGACAAGGAAUGAAUUCUCGAACCUUCUAAAAUCAUUGAUCAAGCUGAAUGAGGGGAGGGUCAAUGUACUGAAAAAAAUAUCUAACUUAGAGGACUACGGACUGCUAAACGAGGUCCUUAGAUCUGGAGACCACAAAUCCAGCGAGAAUACGGACUUCAAAAAUUUGUACCUUGUCAUCUUAUCGAAAAACGAAUCGAAUCCUACCCGAAGAAAUAUGGGGGAACAAGUUGUGAAACUAUUUCCAUCACUCACCACCGCAAAUAAAUUGCGGAAACGUUCUAUUGUUUCGACCCUUGUACCAGUUUCAAAUCCGAUUCGUGGGCCACCCGACAUAGAACCACAAAAAGCGUUAAAUAUCGCAAGAAUGGCCAAAAUGAAUCUUAGAACUAGAAACAGGUACAAAAUAGACGAUGGAAGUCACUUAUUCUCGACCUUAGAACCUUCUCACAACUUACAAGUUGAAUUGCUUGAUACUAAACGAAUAAUUUCAUCUGAAGAAGAAACAGAAGAAAAUCAUUCAACAUCACAACCACCUAGAGUUAGUAUAAAGGUCAACAAGCAAGAUAAAAAAGCUCAAGGUCGGUUUGAAAUUAUUACAAACACAAAUGCAAAUAAUUAUCAUGGCGGGACAAGCAUUAGUUCUUUAGAAUCUAAAGAAAAAUCUAACGACUAUAAAGACAUAGACCUAACAUUGGAAAAUGAUCGAAACACUAAAUUAAUGAAAAUACAAGACAAAUUUUCUAACCACAAAGUUGAUAAACCAAUAAAGUCAGAAAAAAGAAUUGACAGUGUUAAAGGAACAAAUAAUGACGGCAGCAAAGAGGGAUCUGAAAGUAGUGAAGAGACAAAUAAUAAAUCGGUCUCAAUCGAAACUUAUGGCGAAGAAAAGAAAGAAAAAGAAAAAACAAAUAGAGACUAUCCAGAACAUAAUAAUAAGCAAACAAAAAAUAAUCAAAACAAAAGAUAUAAAUUAAAUAAAAACAAUGAAAGUACUCGUGAAAAGCCGCAUUACAGUAAUGAAAGUCCGCCAGCAUCUAGAGAUAAUUUAGACGAAUAUAGUAACAACAAUAAAAAACCUAAAAUUAUGGUAGGAGAUUCAAGUGAAAGAGAUCAUGGUAAACUAAAUUUGAAAAAAGAAGUGUCGGUCAAAGUUGGUCAGCCUUAUAGACGCCCAAAACUAAUUAAAACGUAUCCAGUCGAUCACGACCGUAGAAUACAUAUCGAAGACGUUAAGUCGAAGGAAAAUUAUAUGCCAAAUAAAGCAUCAAAAGUUCAUUCAGAUCGAUUCAGCGAUAAUGAUCACAGAAUAAGCCACGAAGAAAAGUCGUAUGAAAAAGAUAAUAAAGAACACAAAGAUAAAUCUGAACACUCUAAUGAAAAGUCUGGCCAUCGAAUAAAUUUUAACUCGAAGGAGCACGAGUCUAGUGAAGAAGAUGAGGCUAAAAAUCAUAAGGAGUAUUCCAAAGAAGACGAACACAAAUCUAAUACCAAUUCACAUAAAUCUAAUGAAAAACAUAGCAAUAAACCGCCUAAAAUGACUUCAGAUCACUUUAGUGACGACGAUCAUCGAUUUAGUGAUAAGUCAUCUGAAUAUGACUUAGACAGUAAACAUGACUUAGACAGUAAACAUGACUUAGACAGUAAACAUGACAUAGACAGUAAACAUGACUUAGACAGUAAACAUGUAUUAGACAGUAAACAUCCCAAAACAAGUUCAAACCACAAUGACAACGAUCAUAGAAUUAGUCUUGAUGAUUUUACAAAGAACCAAAUCAAUAAGCACAAAACCAUUGUGACACAUUCCAAUGAAAACGACCAUCGACCUAAUCAAGAUGACAGUAAGUCACAUGAAAAACAGCCAACUAACAAAAAUAAAAGCAGUUCAAAGUACUCAGAUGAAAUUAAUAAAUCGUAUGAAAAAGAAGAAAAAAUGAAAAAUAAAUCGUAUGAUAAAAAAAACACAUCAAGAGAUAUAAAACAACCUUUAAAAGAGACCAAUGAACAAGCGCAUAAGGUUGCUUCAAAUGAAAAUAAAUACAAAAAGAAAGUAAUGGAUAGCAAAAUCGCUAAAACAACUCCCAAAUACAAUAAAGAUUCAAUUGAUCUUAAACCGAAAAAUAAUGUUAGGAAUGAUCAAUCAAAUGAAGAUGACGGAUAUAAAUCACAUAAAGAUGAUGUAAAACAUUCUGAGGAAAACGACGACAAAAUAAAUUUCAGCAAAAAUCAAGAAAAGAACAAUGAAAACAAUUAUAAAAACACUAAAAUAAAUAAAGAUGAGUCAAAAGAGAUAGAACCGCAUGGAAAUUCGUAUUCAAAACCUACAAAAUAUGCGCCUUUAUCUAGAGAGGACCAUGACAGUAAAUUCCCUUCGCCAGGUUCAAGUAUGUCCCAUGAAACACCUAAUAGAAAUGGAGUUAAUAAAAUCAACAAAGAUCUCCCAAACAAAAGGGACCAUAAACAACCAAAAGACCUCAGUGCUCAUACUGACGACGAGAUAAUAUCAAAACCAAAACAUCCCUCCUUCGAAGAUGAUCACGGAGAAAAACAAUCUGAAGCAGGUAAAGACUAUAGAGGUGAAGAUUAUCGGAGCUCAGAGGAAUCUGAAAAAAUCCCUAAUACUCGUGUAGUUAUGAAAGAUAAACCACAAGAAGUAAAACAUUCUAAGCCCCCUUCAGCAGAAGUCGAUGAAUAUGACCAACCAGGUGCGAAGCCUCAAGAAUCAAGAAAGAAUUUUGUAAAAUGUCUAAGCAAAAAAGCGUUAAAAUUAUGCAUAAAAUCAUGCAACAGCGCUUACAAAAACGUUUGUCGAAAAAUGAAAUGUACAUCAAGAUCGAAAAAAGCACUAAAAAGGGAAUGCAAACGAAGUUGUAAAAAUAUAUUUUCAUCAAGUAAAUCAAGUAAAUAUAGUGAUGAUAGCGGCAGCGGCAUGAUCCCCUCACGAGAAGAAACAUAGACAUGCCAGAGUUCGGUAAUGCGACAGACGUUAAAGAUGAAGGUGAAGAUGAUUUAGAUUUAGAAGGCGAUGAUGCAGAACUGCGUGCUCGUGGCGGCAGCCGAAAGAAGAAACAUCGGGAUAUAGACUUAUCAGAAAAGAAAGAAGAUCUGGCAUCCAAAGCUUUGAGAAUUCGGGAAGGAGACACAGACAGCGGUAACACUAAAAUAUUAAGAAGUGAAUGCAUAUCAGCCACAAGAAAAGAAAUGGAUAAAUGUACGAGGGCCUGUAACAGGGCUCAUGAAGACGUCUGCGAUAAGUUAAGCUGCUCCAUUCGAUCUCAAAAAGCUCUCCGCAAAGAAUGUGGAUUUAAUUGUAAAAAGGUUUUUGAUCUUAAAGUUUGUUAUUAAACAUUUACUCCGUGU